AUGUUUAAUGAUACAUUUGAUAUUUUGAAUUCAAGAUCACUUAAUUGUUAUGGUUUCAAAAAAGCUUUAUGCGCCAGCAAUUAUCAACAGAUAGCCGAAUUCACAGAAACAUUUUCAUCUUAUGUGAAGUCUAUAAAAUGUGUGGAUGGACAAUUAGUUAUAAAUUCAAAUAGAAAAACUGGUUUUCUAAUUUGUUUUGAAUCCUUAUUGAAAUUAUAUUCAUUAUUAAUACUACCCAAAAAACUUAUGUUUUUACCAAUUUAUAAAUGUAGUCAGGAUCACCUGGAAAUCUUUUUUGGAGCAAUUAGAUCUCACGGAGGAUACAAUAACAAUCCCACAGCACGUCAAUUCCAUUCGGCUUAUCGCAAAUUAAUAAUACAUGCCACAAUUCGUGAUGGCGGAUUAGGAAAUUGCAUACCCCAAGAUCAAAUAGAACCAACCGAUUCUAUAAAUGAAACAUGUCUUAUUCGAAAUAUUGAUGUUGAAUUUGAUGCAGAACAAUUACAUUUACAAGACCACGACUAUAUUGCAAAUACUAAUUCAUUAUCACCAUUCUCUGAAGAAGCUUGA